AUGGAAGUGGGCUUGGCGGGCAAGGAGUUCGAGGGUCUGCCCGGAAAAAGGCUGAACCUAGGCUGGAUAGAGAAGGAACAGAGCCAGCCUUCUAGUGAUGGAUCAGACAAACCGGGAGGAGGUGUUCUUCCUGAGACGGAAGAGCAGAAUACCAAAUGGCUGCUGGCUAGUUCUGGCUCUGAACGGCCGUGUCAGGCUGUUCUCCCUCUGUUGCAGGUCUCUCAGGCAGCUGCGGAGCUUCAGCAGUACUGCAUGCAGAAUGCCUGCAAGGAUGCCCUGCUGGUUGGUGUUCCAGCCGGAAGCAACCCCUUCCGGGAGCCCAGAUCCUGUGCUUUACUCUGAAGACCGUAGGGAAGAAGUUCGCUGAGGAAUGCUUUCAAGUGCAAAGUGAUGAAUAACUGCCUCCAGAUCUUAAGAAAACACUUCUCUCUAGCCAAAUGACUGAGAUAUUUCAGCCCUUUCCUGUGACCUGGUCCUAUAGCCAAAAUUCUACAGAAAUUGAUGAAUUUCCACUCAAAUAAGGAAACUGGGUGAAGUAGUAGACUUUAAAUAAUAAUGGCCUGGUUCUUUUGGUGAAGUACUUUAUACUUAAACUAAAACAUUACCACCAAAUAUACCCAACACACCUCUUUCAUAAAUGAAUUACUAUACUGUUCCAGGUAUUUCUAUACCUGGAACAUUAUGUAUGUUUUCUUUACUGGAUGUUUACAUUUUGGGAAGGAAAACAUUUUUGUUUGUUAAAAAAUUGAAUAUUUGUAAUUGUUCCUGACUAAGAUUUUUAUACCAUAACAAAAUUUGUUCUUUUCUCAUGAAUUUACAAUUUCUAAAUGAAGACAAGCAAGUAUAACCUUGGGGGAAGAAUGGCCUUUACUAAUCAAAUGAUGUCUUGAUUUUUCUAAAUGAGAAGAUUGUUUUACUUGUAACACUAAACAUGGGAGCUGUUUCUUAGCAAACUUGUUUGGAAAGAUUAAUGUUGGGCUGUAUAUUAGAUUGCCCCACUUGUGUAUGAAGCAGAUUUGGUCUUUGUCUUCUUAAGUUCCUCUACUUUACAGUUGUAGUUGUACUUGAAGAAGAAUACUACAUUAUUUCAUGUCUUUAAAAAAAUGUUUAAAAUGUGUACAAUGUUUAAAAACAUUGUAAAUAAUUGAAAACAAAGUAAUAUGAAAAUAUUACAACCUAAAUGCAUUUUUAAUGUCACAAGUGUUUUACUUUGAUGAUGUGCCUUUGAUUUAAUUUGGGACACUUUAAAAAAGGAUACUUUUGUGUUUGUAAUAAUCUUUGAAGAGGUUGGAAAUAAAAUUUCUGCUUAAUUCAUCAUUUUCUGUGACA